CCUGGAGUUGGCAGACCAAAGACUUGCAUCACUCGAUUGUGGCCAUAGCCAAGGAAAUUAAACCCGUUCCUUUUGGAAAGUGAACAUUUGCUCAGUCCUCAACAUGGAUUCAACUACCAAUAGUAGUCGUGUUGAGUUAUGCCCAUCAAUUUCUAAAGACAAAAGCAAGGAGUACACCAAUCCAAUCGAAAAGAUUGAAGAGAAUGGAGGUACCUCACACGGACCUGAGGUGUCGGCCGCAAACGGGGUCGACUUGGAGAUGGGAGACCUGAACUCAAAUAGGAAAGACCGAGACUACGCUAAGAGAGAAGCGGCGGAAAUUCUGAAGGAUCUCCGUGGAGAUCUGACGUACGCUAUUGAUGACGUUCCGCCGUGGUAUACUUGUUUGCUUCUUGGAUUUCAGCAUUACUUGACGAUGUUCGGAGCUACAGUAGCCAUUCCGCUUCUCCUAGCCGAGCCGCUCUGCAUCAAGAACAACUACUUAGCCCAAGGAGAGCUCAUUGGUACCAUCUUCGCUGUGUCUGGCUUGGUGACCCUGUUCCAAACGACCUUUGGGGUCAGGUUGCCAAUUGUCCAAGGUGGGACCUUUUCGUUUCUGGGUCCAGCGCUGGCGAUCCUCGGUCAGGUGGGAGAGUGCCCAGCUGAAGUACCGAAUGAUGUGUUUCAAAACAUGACUCUAGCAGAGCAGGAGGAGGUGACUCUGAAUGAAACCGAGGUCUGGCACAGUAGAAUGAGAAUAAUCCAAGGAUCCAUCAUGGUCGCUUCCAUCUUUGAGGUGAUAGUUGGAUUCAGUGGUAUAGUAGGCAUCAUGCUGAAAUACAUCGGCCCGAUGACCAUCGCGCCGACCAUCACACUGGUUGGCUUGUCACUCUUUGGUGCUGCAUCGGACUUCAGUAGUGGUCACUGGGGCAUAGCAUUUCUGACCAUAGGAUUGAUGGCGCUGUUCUCACAGUACAUUGCACGGUUUGGAAUCCCUUUCUGCGGUUUCUCCAAGGAGAAAGGCUGUCAUAGGAUUUCUUUUCCACUCUUCAAAAUGUUCCCAGUGAUCUUAUCAAUAGUGGUGUCGUGGGCUUUCGCAGCCAUCUUGACUGUAACCAACGUCUUCCCGACCGAUCCCAAUGAAUACGGGUAUCUUGCACGAACUGAUCUACGAAUCGGAGUCCUGAGAGAAUCCGCCUGGAUCCGAGUGCCUUAUCCUGGUCAAUGGGGAAUUCCAACUAUCACCAUCGCGGGAAUCUUUGGUAUGCUAGCUGGAGUCAUCGCGUCAAUCUUUGAGUCUGUCGGAGAUUACUACGCAUGCGCUCGUCUGUCCGGUGCGCCCCCACCACCGGUUCACGCUAUCAAUCGGGGCAUCGGUAUUGAGGGGCUGGGAUGCAUUUUGGCUGGUGCCUUUGGCUCGGGCUCAGGGACAACGUCAUAUGGGGAGAAUAUUGGCGCACUCGGAAUUACAAAGGUGGGCAGUCUCCGUGCGAUUCAAUUUGGUGGUGCGUUGAUGAUCGCCAUGGGAAUGUUUGCCAAGUUUGGCGCCCUCUUUGUCACCAUCCCUGACCCCAUCGUAGGUGGAAUGUUCUGUGUCAUGUUCGCAAUGGUGACAGCUGUGGGAAUCUCCAAUCUUCAGUUUGUUAACCUCAACUCAUCUCGUAAUCUCUUCGUCAUUGGAUUCUCCCUCAUCAUGGGCUUCAUUAUUCCCUUCUGGGUAAGGGACAAUGAGUCCUUUAUUAACACAGGUGUGACGGAAAUUGAUCAGAUUCUAAUUGUGCUACUGGAGACCAACAUGUUCAUCGGUGGAUUCCUGGGAUUCAUUUUGGAUAACACAAUACCAGGUAGCGAUGAAGACAGAGGUAUCGCCCAGUGGCGUAACAAGUACGGCGGUGCCGAUCAAGAUCCCGCAGUCACUGAAGAGAUCUUACGCUGUUAUGAUUUCCCCGUCGGGAUGAAGUUCCUUCGCAAAUUUAACUUCCUCAGAUUCUUCCCGAUGUGUCCGAUGUUCAAUGGAUGUGGGUGCACGGCGUGUUGUUGUAAGCGAGAAUCGCCCAGUAUUGACAACAAAUAUACUACGGUCCCAGCUGUAUUUAUAGAAAAAUCCUGAAAUAAAUACCCAAUUUUAAAAUGGCCGCCUAGCAACGGAUGUUUCCUGUAUGCAACUGGAUCUUCUUGAGAGGGACAGCCUUUGUAACGUUCUAAUUUUCUUGAAGGAAAGUUUAAGGUACCACUUAACUUUUUUUAGGGGGUUUCCAUUCUUACUGAUUUAUCCAGAAGUUGUCAACUCAAGUUGUCAAUUUAAAUUUCCUUAAAGGGUGGUCAAAAUAAUUUAAAAAAACGACUGAAUGAUUUGGAAUUUGUUGAAUUCCUGAUGAAACAAACAUCUGAUCUUUUUUUUCUUUUUUUGUGGGGGGGGGGGGGGAUUGCACAGGUUUCUUCCAAAGGAUGUUCAGUUUCGUUUGGUGUAAGAUGAUUGUAUAUUAUAAUAUUAUUUAAUAUAUGAUUUAUUUGGGGUUUGUUUUGUGGCAUUUACUUAAAAACCUUUUUGUUUUUGUGUCAAUUAUUUGUAAAACUUUAUGCAGGGGAUUUGAGUUUCUUGUUAAAUUAGUAGUCUGUUUGAUGUAAUUUUUUGCUUUGAUUCUUUCAACAUAAAACUAUCAUUGUGCGCAGCUGAGUGCAACAAGAUUGUUACUCAACGCUGCAAGUCAAAUCUCGCACGAAAAUGCUUUAUGUCAAAACAUUGUAUCUCUGCAUCCCUUGUCUUUGUGUACAUUUGGGUUAUUUUAAAGCCAUCAUACACUUUCGGAACAGAAAAAACAAUAAAAGUUCACAGAUUUACAAAUAACUUACAGGGUUUAAAGAAGGUA